AUGGUCUUCCCCGUCCUCCCCAAAACCCCCCUCCCCUCCCUCUCCCUCUCCGCCGCCGGUCUCGUCGCCCUCGCAGACCUCCAAACCAUCGCGCACCGCACCGCGCUGACCGGCACCUCCUCCUGGUGGGACUCGCUCGUCCUCGCGCCGGGGCUGCAUUACCAACAAGCCGCAGACGGCGUCGCGGGGUCCGACGCCAGCGGCAUCAGCGCCGAAACCUCGCGCGCGUUCGACGGCGGGAACGCCAACAGCGGCGGCGGAAAGGGCGUGUUCGGGACGGAGGCGCUCCCCGGCGGCGGGUUCAAGAAUGUGCGGGUGACGAACCCUGGGAUGUUGAUGUUCCUGUCAAGGCUGGGUGUGCAUGACCAACGGGUGCGGGAGAAGGAGUUGAGGAUGCGGAGGAAGGCGGCGGGCGGCGGCGGGGUGGAGGCUUUUGGGGCCGGGGCGGGGAAGGAGGAUAAGGUUAUUGUGGUCGAUAUCGGCACAAUGGGGACGGGUAGGAGGAGGAGGAAGGGGAGGGCGUUUGAGGAGCGGGAUGGGGAGUGGGAGUUUGAGAAGGGGAGUCAUUUGCUUUACCUCGCGAGCCCGUUGCUUACGGUCGGGGCGGUGACGGUGAUGGUGCUGCUGGGAGAUUGGUGGGGUCUCGCCGCCAUCAUAGCCCUCAUAACCUCCCGCCUCCUCAACAUCUACAUCAUCAAACAGCGCACACCCCCCUCCCCCUCUUCCCCGUCCUCCGCGUCCUCCUCCAAGCUCACAGAGUACCUCAUCCCGCUCUCGCCCACGCUCUCCGUGCGCAUGCGCGGCCGCGCCGCCGACCUCGCCGCCCUCACGACGGAAACCUACCUCCUCGCCAAGACGGCCGCGCAGGGCUACCUCGAGGCCGCCGCCAAGCUGACCAUCUACCUCGUCGCCGUCUUCAGCGGCAACGUCUCGCAGGCAGGCAACAUGGCGCUGCUCGUGCUGCUGCUCGGCAGCGCGGGGCUGCUGGGGCUGAGCAACGGGUUCAUGAAGGGGGUCAAGGGCAAGGGGCGCGUUGCGCGCGUGUGGAAUGGUACUGAUGAAGGUCCGAGGACUGCGACGGUGGGAAGUGGGGGAGGGACGGCGCUGCCGGGGAGGAGGCGGGAUUUUGACGCGUUUGUGCAGGGGCAGAGGCCGCCGCGGAGGGAGACGGAGGAUGCGGUGGAAUGGGGGAGUCAGCAGAGCCAGGUUGGGACUGUGGUGCGGGAUCCGUAUCCUUUCGAGGGGAGUGUAGAGUACAUCUGA